UAGCCACCAUACACAACCUUAUAUAGUGCUGAUUCCAAUAAAUUAUACUAUUUCCGAGUAGAGCGCACCAGUUAUAUUGACAGUGUGUUCAAUAUGGCGAACGAAAAUAUGUACGGGGCCAAGAGUAUAUCUAUUCUCGGUAGAAAGGACAUCUAUGUUGGUCAGGAUUUACUGCCUUUCAUUGCGAAAGAUGUGGUGCAAAAUGUGAAAGCCGGAAAGUACGUUAUUGUCACGGAUAAGAAUAUCGAACCUCUGUAUUUAGAAAAGGUUGUCAGCGAAUUCGCCGCCAACGGUGUAGAACUGCUAUCGUACAUUAUUCCCUCGGGGGAAGCGUCUAAAUGCCGCUCUGUAAAAGCUGAAAUAGAAGACUGGCUGCUCGAGCAACAAUGUUCCAGAGAUCUCUGCCUUCUGGCAUUAGGCGGUGGAGUUAUCGGCGAUCUCAUUGGAUACGUAGCCGCCACAUUCAUGCGAGGUGUCAAAUUCGUGCAGAUCCCAACGUCACUACUCGCUAUGGUCGACUCAUCGAUCGGCGGCAAAACGGGCAUAGACACGCCCCAUGGCAAGAACUUGGUGGGCGCCUUCCACCAGCCUGCGCGGGUGUAUCUCAACGUCAGUUUUCUGCUCACGCUGCCGAUGCGACAGAUUUGCAACGGUAUGGGAGAGGUUAUCAAGACCGCCGCGAUUUGGAGCAGCGACGAGUUCGAGUACUUAGAAAAAAGGUCAGAUGACAUUUUAAAUCUAGAUCUAGAUGCGUUGGAACAUAUCGUAACCCAAAGUGCGUCGGUCAAGGCAGAGGUAGUCACAGCGGAUGAGAAAGAGGGCGGCUUAAGGGGCUUGCUGAACUUUGGUCACACAAUAGGACAUGCCAUCGAGGCUCUAUGCCAGCCCGAGAUGCUGCACGGAGAGGCAGUUGCCAUUGGUAUGAUGCGGGAGGUAGAGGUGGCCAGGGCUCUGGGUAUACUUUCUCAGGCCAAUGUCAGUCGGCUGGCUCGGAUGCUGAAACUAUACCGUCUCCCCACAGUGAUGCCUCGACACUUGACUAUACCUGACUUGAUGAAAAAGAUGUCCGUCGACAAGAAGAAUACAAAUGGUGUGAAGCGACUUGUAUUGAUAAAAACAUUGGGCGAAGUUGAUGGUCGAGAACCCAAAUGUGUCGAUGAUUUGACACUUACGCGCGUCCUGUCGGAGUACGUGAGGGUGGUUCCGUCUGACAAAGCCAAUCAGAUAAACGCUACAGUACGUGUGCCCGGGUCAAAGUCAAUUUCAAACAGAGCGUUGCUGAUGACUUCACUCUCCGAAGGCCAGUGCGAUGUUUCCGGACUACUACACUCUGAUGAUACACAGGUUAUGGUCGACGCUCUCAAGAGCUUUGGCGUGGGCGUAAGCCAAUUGGAGAAUGGUGAGGUCAUGCGCAUCACUGGCAGUGGCGGUAAAUUCACAACCGCUGACGUUGAGAUUUACCUGGGGAAUGCCGGAACAGCGUCCCGUUUCCUAACAACAGCCGUCACUCUGUGCCCCGAAGGUGCAAUCACCACACUGACAGGCAAUGCUCGCAUGAAGGAGCGACCCAUUGGUCCAUUGGUGGAUGCGCUCAGAGCCAACGGAACACCCAUCGAGUACCUGGAGUCCGAGGGCUGUCUACCCUUGAAGAUCCCUGGUGGCGGCUUGAAUGGUGGUUUAAUUGAGCUUUCGGCUGCCGUCAGCAGUCAGUACGUGUCGUCCAUUCUCAUCUCGGCACCCUAUGCGAAGGAGCAGGUGUGCCUGUCGCUGGUGGGUGACGAGGUCAUAUCUCAGCCGUACAUUGACAUGACCAACCAGCUGCUCAAACAGUUUGGCGUAGAUGUCGAGCGGGAAGAUGGCACAGACAUCUAUAACAUCCAUACCACAACGCCCCAGAAUCCAGCCAAGUUCCUCGUGGAGGGUGAUGCGUCUAGUGCGACAUAUCCCUUAGCCAUUGCUGCUAUCACGGGGGGCACCGUCACCGUAGACAACGUUGGAUCCGACAGUCUGCAAGGUGACGCCAACUUCUGCAGCGUCCUGGAGAGUAUGGGUUGUACAGUGAAACAAACUGGCAGCACAACAACCGUCACGGGACCAGUACAUGGAACACACCUAAAGGCAGUGGACGUGGACAUGAUGACCAUGACAGAUGCCUUCAUGACAGCCGCCGUUCUGUGCAGUGUGAGCAGCGGUACUAGCAGGCUCACGGGCAUUGCAAAUCAGAGAGUUAAGGAAUGCGAUCGCUUGGCUGCUAUGGUCACCGAACUGGGCAAGCUGGGUGUUCAGGCGCGUGAGCUGGAGGAUGGGAUCGAAAUCGACGGCAACCCUGAUAUCAGCACAUGGACUCCUGCAAGCAUCCACUGCUACGAUGACCAUCGCAUUGCUAUGUCUUUCGGCGUCUUAGGCUGUAAAGUGCCUGGGAUCAGCAUCAGCGAAAAGUACUGCGUGGAGAAGACAUACCCUGCCUUCUGGGAUGAUCUACAAACCAUUCUGGGCCAGACUCUGGAGGUGCCCGAGACGUGCACACACAAAUCAACGGCAGCUCAUCUGUCCAACGCCUCGAUUAUCUUGAUUGGCUACAGGGGCGCUGGUAAGACUACAAUCGGCCGCGAGGCUGCGCGAGCAACGGGGCGUAAAUUUGUCGAUAUUGAUGAGCAUCUCGAAACCGUUCUUGGAACGACCCUAAAAGAGUUCAUCGAGGAGCAUGGGUGGGCGAAGUUCCGCACAGCCGAACAAACAGCACUGACAUCUAUACUCGGCGAUCACGCGUACUCCACUGAUUGGGUGAUUGCUUGCGGCGGCGGCAUUGUGGAAACCGAGAAAGCGUGCAAGACACUCGCAGCGCACCCCUUAGUCAUUCACAUCGAUCGAGACAUUGACGACAUCUGUGACUACUUGCUACAAGACAAGACGCGUCCGUCAUUCGCUCAACAUCCGAAAGAGGUUUAUCUGGAACGAAAAUCACGAUACGAGCAGUGCCGUUCCUACGUGUUCCCCAUUCUGAAGGGCGAAUCAAACUGGCCAGCGGUGGUGCAAGAUUUCCUGCGUCUCAUGCGCACCAUCAGCUCUCCUUCGCCUCUGGGCAAGACCACUGGGCAUCCCAGUUUCUUCUUGUCGCUGACAUUUGGUGAUGUGCGCGAGGCUAUUGCCAUUGGCCUGGAUGUCUUGGGUUCGGGCGUCAAUGCUCUCGAAUUGCGCGUUGAUUUACUGAAUAGCCAUGCACCGGAAUUUGUUACGGAGCAGGUAGCGCUUCUACGACGCCAUUCGCCUUUGCCGAUCGUCUACACUGUGCGAUCGGUAACGCAAGGCGGUGCCUUCUCGGGAUCUGAGGAAAAGCUUUUUUCGCUUCUCCACCUAGGUGUCAAGCUUGGCUGCGAAUAUGUUGAUUUCGAAACAAUCUGGUCAGGCGCGGUCCGCGAAAAUCUCCUCAAGAAUCGACAGGCGAGUGCUCUUGUUGCGUCGUUCCACGUGGCAGGAGAUGUCACGCCCUGGGAUACGAUACAGGAAGAGUUCAUCAAGGCGUACCAUGGGGGACGGGUUGACGUGGUCAAGGUCGUGGUGCGGGCAACUGAACUCGAUGAUGUGUACACGCUACGAAGCAUGCUGAGCAAACUCCCCUUCAGCGCAGAAGAUACGAACAUCAUUGCCCUGGCCAUGGGAAAGAACGGGACACUCUCGAGAGCAUUGAAUACGUUCCUCACUCCAGUCACACACAAGGCUUUGCCCUUGAUUGCGGCACCUGGACAACUGUGCGUGGAUGAGAUUCACACGCUGAGGACACUCAUCGGCAUGUUGCCCGCGCGUAAGUUCUAUCUGCUGGGCAGCCCAAUUUCAAAGUCGCCAUCACCGUUGAUACACAACACGGCAUUCGCUAAACUGGGCCUGUUGAGCAAGUACGCACUGCACGAAAGCGACGAUAUCAAGGUGGCGGUCAAGGUUUUUGAAGAGGCUGCAUUUGGAGGCUGCUCGGUGACCAUCCCCCACAAACAGGAUAUUAUGCCGUACUUGUCGGAGCUGAGCGAAUCUGCGAAGGCCAUUGGCGCUGUCAACACGGUUAUCAAAACUGAGGACGGAAAGUUGUUAGGAGAUAACACUGACUGGUUGGGCAUUAAAAAGUCUCUGUCGGCUUGCGCUGCGGCCCACUCAAUAGCUUUCCCGCCGAAAACGGCGUUGGUGCUUGGCGCCGGGGGCACGGCUCGUGCGGCGUGUUACACUCUGCGGCAGAUGGGAGUUGCGGAUGUGUACAUAUACAAUCGCUCUGCGUCCAAAGCAGUCACCUUAGCUGAUCAAUUUGGUGUUACCGCCGUUACUGAGCUGGCAGCAAUACCAGCGUCGAUACAGUGUGUUGUGAGUACGAUACCAGCCAGUGCGGAGAUUACGCUGCCCUCUGAAGUGCUACAGUCAGUGUCGAUUGUGCUCGAUGCGGCAUAUCUACCUCGCCGGACAGCUUUGUUGCGUCAGGCUGCUGACGCCGGUAUCGCCACUGUAGAAGGUGUUGAAAUGCUUCUGGAACAAGCCUUCUGCCAAUUUGAAUUAUGGAACGGAAUCCCUUGCGAUACCAAAGCCGUACGAUCAGCUUUGUAUGUUGCCUUGGAUGAGUCUUAAACACGGUGGACGAUGUAUGUCUACUGUAAUGGCUUUUGACUUCGGCAAUAUCUAUAUAUCAUGCAUGCACGUACUCCGAUUGGGCUGAUGCUGACAUUGGAAUGAAGGAACUGGAAUUCGUCCGUUGGUUUGGAUACCAGAACGUGUGCUCUUCUGACCUGUAUCUGUAUGUCAGCUACCUGAUGCGCGAAGGCUGCGGAUUUGUCCAGAAUUGGUCUCAUGCGAAUGAGGUUUACGAUCAGAGAGCCAGCUGGUCAUUAGAGCCGUCAAUAAAAAGAUUAAAACAUUACAA